AUUCUCUACGCCUCGUGCUCCUUCCCUUCUACCGUUCGGCUGCGUACCCGCGUCUCCCCAGAUCCGCUGCCCCGCCCUCUCGACGCGGCAAUUCCUCGAACGCCCCGCGCGAGCCACGCCCUCGCCGCCCAUGGGCUCGCUCCCGGCGCCGGCCUCGGCGGAAUUCGCCCCGCGGCCGCGGGGGCGCGCCACGGUGGUGGCGUCGGACCUGGCGCCGCUCUUCUCCGCGCAGCGCCGGCACCUGGACCACUUCUUCGACCGCCUCGACAUGGCGCAGGCGGCGGCGUUCGCGCAGGCGCUGCUCGACGCGCCGGGCGCCGUCUUCUUCACGGGCGUCGGCAAGUCGGGCAUCGUGGCGCGCAAGACCGCGCAGACGCUGGCGUCGCUGGGCCUCGCGCGGGCCGGCUUCCUCGCCCCCGUCGACGCGCUCCACGGCGACAUCGGCGCGCUCUUCCCCGGGGACGUCCUCGUGAUCCUCUCCAAGUCCGGGGCCUCCGACGAGCUGCUCGCGCUCGCGCCCUGCGCGCGCGCCAAGGGCGCCUACCUCGUCUCGCUCACCUCCGCGGCCUCGGGGGAUGACUGCCCGCUCGCCGCGGCCUGCGACCUCAACGUCCACCUGCCGCUGCAGGGGGAGGUGUGCCCCUUUGGCCUCGCGCCCGUCACCUCCACCGCCAUCCAGAUGGUGUUUGGGGACACCGUCAUCGCCGCCAUCAUGGAGGCAAGGCGACUCUCCAGGGACCAGUACGCUUCCAACCAUCCCGCUGGCAAGAUCGGCAAGACCCUCAUCUUCAAGGUUAAGGAUGUUAUGAAGAAACAGAAUGAGCUUCCUCUGUGCAAGGAGGGAGAUAUGAUAAUGGACCAACUCACCGAGCUCACCAGUAAAGGUUGUGGUUGUCUGCUUGUGGUUGAUGAAGAGCAUCAUUUGAUUGGGACCUUCACUGAUGGUGAUCUCCGGCGGACACUGAAGGCAAGCGGGCCAGCUAUCUUCAGUCUCACAGUUGGAGAGAUGUGCAACAGGAACCCAAGGACAAUCACUGCGGAGGCAAUGGCAGUUGAAGCCAUGGAGAAGAUGGAGGCACCACCUUCACCCGUGCAGUUCUUGCCUGUUGUCAACGAGAACAACGUCGUGUGUGGAAUCAUCACAUUGCAUGGAUUGGUCUCUGCCGGAUUGUAGACUUGUGUGGCACCAUUACCUGUUAGCUAGCUGUUACCGCUGGAGUAUUUAUGUGGAGCCUGAACUCUUCAGUGUACCCUUAUGUACAGUAUAGUGGUCGCUAAGAGGAACAUGGUACACUGCUUAUAAUGCUUGUGUUUUUGUACUUAAUUUUAAAUGCCGAUUGCCUUGGUUUCUCUU